CGAAGAGCUUAUCGCUGCUUCUUGUUCUACUCUGCAACAUAUCAACUUGCUUAUCCAUGAGCCCUGUUAACACUCAUGGAUUCGAUCCCCCUUUCUCUCUCCUCUCUCUCCCCUCUUCAAACCCACUCUGACCCUCAGAUGCGCCCCCCCAAAACCACUUUUCCUCUUCUAAACCGCUUCCUUGCACCGAAAACCGCAGUCCUCCAGAUCCACCUUCCCAUCUCCAAAACCAGUUCUCACCUCCAAAACUUCCAUACCACCCAGAAAACCAUUUUUUCGCCUUUCCAAAGCCAGAUUUCCACUCCCAAAACCACUGUUCACCUCAAAAACCCACACCCCAGCACCCACUUUUCAAUACCCAAAACUACUUUUCAUCUCCUUGGGUCAAUGGCCGCCGCCCCACUUCCAACCUAUGCUGAAACUCUUCAAUUCAGUGACAAAAUUGAUAUCGAAAAAACCCUAAUCGCCAUCGACGAUUUCUUCAAUAGAUAUCCAUUUUUUGUUGCGUCUGUUACAUUCAUUUGGCUGGUUGUUAUUCCAGUAACCCAAGAAUUGCUGAAGAAAUACAAGUCCAUAGCCACCAUUGAUGCUUUCAGGAAGCUUAGAGAUGACCCAAGUUUCAUACUUUUGGAUAUCAGGCCAGCCAAGAGUGUACUAGCCAUUGGGUCCCCAAAUUUAAAGACAUUAAAGAAAACCUGUGUAAAUGUUGAGUAUAGAGAAGGAGAAGAUGAGGAUUUUGUGAAGAAAGUCAUGGAGGAGUUAUCUGAUCCACCCAAUACCACUGUAUGUGUUCUUGACAACUUUGAUGGGAAUUCAAUGAAAGUGGCUAAGCUAUUAGUUGAGAAUGGCUUCAAAGAAGCAUAUGCUAUCAAGGGGGGUAUCAUGGGCAAGGAUGGAUGGCAGGUCAGUUUUCAUAGCAAAUAAUGGAUUUAUGAUUAC